AUGAGAAACGGCGUCGUAAAUAAAAGGUUUGCGAUCAAGGCGCAGCAAGGUGGAGAGGAGGGGAAAUCGGUUGACGAGAACAUGAUCGUGCUGAGAAUGAGGAUCAAGAAGAUGAAGGUGAUCGAGAGCGUUGGUGGUGGAGAAGGAGAAGGAGAAGAAGGGGUGGUGGCGGCGCCGGAAUGGAAGGAGUGGGAGAAGAGGGUUUUCACGCACUACCACGAGGGGGUUUUGGAUACGGUGGGGUUGUUGCAGUCGUAUCUCAUGAAUACGCGACCAAGCGUGGCGUUGGGGAUGUUGGCGCUGAUCGCGAUGACGGUUCCUUUCUCGACGUCUGUCGUCGUCGCUAAUGCGCUCAAGGUGGCUAAGGGAUUGCUCGCCGGAAGCCAUGUUUGUAUAGAUAUUGAUUUUUAG